ACUUUGUACAAAAGCAUUAAACGGGUAAUUGUACACGCGUCAUCAAAUUAUUCGUUCUUCCACACAUUAGGGGGCGCCUUGAACUAAAAGCGGUCCGGAAAUACGUAGGAGAACGUUUUUUUUUGUUUUGUUUUUGUAUGUGUUGAUCGUCAAAUAUGGUUGGUGUUAUGGUUCAGCCCUCGCAGCACCCGGGUCAUUAGGUACUCCUUUUGCAAAGAUAACACAUUUCGUUACGAAAUGAGAAGCGGUAUAUGCUUUUAACUCACGUAAACGGUCAAAGAUAUUUAAAAAGCUACUCAGCUAAGUCAUCAGUAAUACACCGUUUAGCGGUUUGAUCCAUUCGUAAUGCAUUGUACGGUGUCCUACCGGAGCGGCUGUCACUCAGUUGGUAGAGCGCAUCGUCCAAUGACCGAAACGUUUUGGGUUCGAAUCCCGGUUCCGAUUGUCUGCUGUCGAGGUGUCCUUGGGCAAGACACCGAACCCUGAAUGGGCCCCAGUGGGCCUUACAGGGAAACCAACUGGUGUAUGAAUGUGUGUGUGAAUGGGUGAAUAGCAAAUUUAAAUAGCAAAAUUAAGCAAAUUUAGGCAACGUGAUGAUGUAGAUCUAGAUAAAUACAUAUCAUGUACGAUUAACCACAGUAUUAUAUCGUUGGUGUAGAAUUUGAUAUGUAUCGGCUACCACCUUGAACUCUUGCACAUCCAAAAACUGGACUGUAAUACUUGCAGGCUGGAAAAAAUAAGCGGCUUGGUUGGUCCAUGAAGCAUAGGCAUUUUGAGUAAGUUUGAAGGACCCAUGCGCGUGAAAGAGGUCGUUGUUGAAGAAUGGAUCCAGUUGCCUGGGAAGACGAUUUUCUCUGUCAGCAGAGGAAUCUGAAUUCAGUUUACCCGAGAGACAUUCAUCAUAUGGGAGUGGCCGCACCUCACAGUGAUCAUAGGGUAUUUGAUGGGGAGCCUCUGGAAGAUGACAUUGAUCCGGAGCUGACCAGAAAAAUGAAUGUGCUUCAAGAUAUAGAAGAGCAAAUAUUAAGCAAGAAAGCUGCCAUUCUCGUCAAGACAAUUAAAAUGAUUAAGAAGAAACUAACACCAGACUCGAAAGAUGCAACUCUUCGAGACAGGGUGGAUACGAUUUUGAAGGAGCGACAUUCUCUCAACUUUCUGUCAAAGUGCAAGACAUACGGGUCACCUACUGAGAGUGAUGACUCUCCAAGUCAUAGCACAGAGCAGCUGGAAGAACAUCCCCUGAAGCUCCGAGCUGAGGCUUUAAUGAGGCAUAGGUUCAGUGACCUCAGUGGAUUUACAUCUAACAAGUUGGCCCCCGAUCGUGAAAUGGCCACCACAUCUGGUACCCAACCUCCUCCCAGUCAAAGCAUUAGCUCAGAAAUCCAGCAAGAAAAUGUUUCCAACAAAGGCUUUGAGCGCUUCCUCAGUUUGCUCAACAAGGGAGUUGAUAUGGACCUGCUCAGUAGGGUCGCCAGUGAUAACAGUGAAGACUUUCAUUUAGGAGAGCAGCUCUUCAACAGCCAGCACUCCGGUGUUGGGGAUGAUUCAGAUCGGCCUCUUUGCCGCGAGAGCCUUCAGUGCAACGGUGAACCGCAGCUACCAGAGAAUGGUGGAGAGAGGACAGCGCUCUCCACUAGCGAAGAGCACCCCAGGGACAGACCUUCACUGUCGGACGAUGACAAGAACGGCAAAGACAAACGAGACCAUUCUUUAGGUUCCAGUAGUGGAUACCAGUCUCCCCCGACAGAGGAGAAAACCAAGAAAGAUGGAAAAGAAAUGGUGCAGGUCGAUGAGCGGUGCGAACAGCUCCAGAAUAUUCUCAACACUUUGGGCUUGAGCUUGGAAAUAGAAGACUUGAGUAAACUAACAGACCGGACUCAAGAGAGGCUCUAUGGGAAAAAGAAUCAAAGAGAGCCAGUGGAGCAGCAGAGUCAAGAUUACAGUACAAGUGGAUCCUGCAAACCUGACAUGAAAACCACUUCCUCCUCCUCCUUGUCGCCUUCCAGAAGCUGUAGUCACAGUCCCUCUUCCAGACAGCUCUCCGGCAGCAGGGAGUCUCAGGAUCCGCACAAGAAAUAUGCAUUGUUAGCAUGUGGUGGCGCAAGAAAAAGCAAAGAGAAAUUAUCACUUUCAGCGACAAGCCAAGAUGGCACACGAGCGCAGAAGACAGUUGGAAAAAACAAAGUUGCCAACAUCUUGAACGAAAUCCCUGUGGUUCGUUCCUAUUGUGAUCCUGAUCCUGCUACUUCGUUUGCUUGCCCAGAUUACAGUUUUCCCCAUUUCUCUCACUACCAUUCCCCCUACAGCCAUGACACCAAUUCUUAUUGGACAAGCACUCUGGAUGCCAGUGUCACCCCAUAUUAUCCCAAUCGUAAUCCUGAUUCAGCGGACACCUACGACUCCCACGACACUAUUGCCUCAGGAAAACGAAGGCCCCGCUUCAUUCAAGAUGUUCCCCUCGAGAAUCCAGACCUGUCAACAAGUGAAGGUCAAUUGGGUUCAGUUUCUCGUCCGAGGUAUCUGCAGGUGGUCAAGAGGAAGCCGCAAAUGUGGGGUGGUAAAAGGUUAUUGAAUGGGGAGCAAAUCAAGGAAGACAAAACCAAAAGGCUAAAACUGAUAGAGGAACAGGCGCGAGAUGUGCAGAGGGCUCAUCGAGAGACGAAAGCUUCUGGGAAGAAGGCAGGUCGGAAAGAUAGCUCAAAGAAACAACGAACACCAACAGAGGAGGAAAUUAAGGCAAACUGGAGAAAAAAGUUGGAAGCAUUUAACCAGAUGUCAAAGAACAAGUCUCAUGCCCAACCAAGUCCCUGUCCUGACACACAGAUGUGUGACGUUGGACUGUGAACUAUGACAACAGUUGGAUGAAAUGGUCAAAAUCUGGUUUUGAAUGCAAUGAUCCCUGAACAAAAAAAACACAUGUUUUAUAGUUGACGGUAAA